AUGGACGAAGCCGGCGGCUGUGUGAGCGGCGGGGGCUUCCGGCCGGGCGUCAACAGCCUGGACGAGCCGCCCAACAGUCGCAUCUUCCUGGUGAUCAGCAAGUACACGCCCGAGUCCGUGCUCCGGGAGCGCUUCUCGCCCUUCGGCGAGAUCCAGGACAUCUGGGUGGUGCGCGACAAGCACACCAAGGAGUCCAAGGGCAUCGCCUUCGUCAAGUUUGCGCGCAGCUCGCAGGCCUGCAGGGCCAUGGAGGAGAUGCACGGCCAGUGCCUCAGCCCCAACGACACCAAGCCCAUCAAGGUUUUCAUAGCUCAGUCCAGGUCAUCCGGGAGUCAUCGAGAUGUUGAAGAUGAAGAACUUACGAGAAUCUUUGUUAUGAUUCCAAAGUCCUAUUCAGAAGAAGACCUACGAGAAAAAUUUAAGGUAUAUGGAGAUAUCGAGUAUUGCAGCAUUAUUAAGAAUAAAGUCACUGGAGAAAGUAAAGGUUUGGGCUAUGUACGAUACUUAAAACCAUCACAAGCUGCCCAAGCAAUAGAAAACUGUGAUCGAAGCUUUAAGGCUAUCUUGGCUGAACCUAAGAAUAAAGCGUCUGAAUCUUCUGAACAAGAUCAUUACAAUAGUAUGAGGCAAGAGUCUCUGGUGCAUGAGCCGAGAGUCAAUAUGUUUCCAUUUGAACAACAAUCUGAGUUCUCAGGUUUUGAAAAGAAUGACAGCAGAGGCCAGGAAGCCAUCUCCAAACGCUUGUCGGUUGUCUCAAGGGUCCCUUUCACAGAAGAGCAGCUUUUCAGCAUUUUUGAUAUAAUACCGGGACUGGAGUAUUGUGAAGUUCAACGAGAUCCCUACUCAAAUUAUGGUCAUGGGGUGGUUCAGUAUUUUAAUGUAGCAUCAGCUAUUUAUGCAAAAUACAAGUUACAUGGCUUUCAGUACCCUCCUGGAAAUCGCAUCGGUGUUUCCUUCGUUGACGAUGGGAGCAAUGCUACAGAUCUCCUUAGAAAAAUGGCGACGCAGAUGGUAGCGGCCCAGCUGGCAUCGAUGGUGUGGAAUAACCCGAGUCAGCAGCAGUUUCUGCAAUUUGGUGGAAGUUCUGGAUCACAAUUGCCUCAAAUCCAAACAGAUGUUGUACUUCCAUCUUGCAAGAAAAAAGCCCCUCCUGAAACCACUGUGAAAGAAAGGCUUUUUAUUGUCUUCAAUCCUCACCCUUUACCCUUAGACGUACUAGAGGAUAUAUUCUGCCGUUUUGGGAACCUGAUCGAAGUUUACCUCGUGUCAGGGAAAAACGUGGGGUAUGCCAAGUACGCAGAUCGAGUCAGCGCUAAUGAUGCCAUUACGACUUUACACGGGAAGAUCCUGAAUGGGGUCCGGCUCAAAGUGAUGCUGGCGGAUUCCCCACGAGAAGAAUCUAACAAACGGCAAAGAACGUACUGAUUCCCGAGAAACAGUUAAGGAGACUCCCUGGAUCCUGGGAACUAAAGCCAGGACUUAAAACAAAGAAAAUCCUGUGGAGCGCAUUCUACUCGGAUCUACUUGAUGGCGACCAGCUGAUGAUGACUAUCAAUGUAUUGUAGCCAGUUGACAGGGUUCAACUAUCUAACCUCCAUGUUGACCAAGACUGCAAAACAUAGCUUCCACAGAGACUGCCUGCCUGCCUGCCUGACCUACUCCAACCUGAGAAAAGAAGAUAGCAUAAGACUGCUUUAAGGAAAUGUAUGUACCGCAUAUACUCAAGUAUAAGCCGACCCGAAUUUCAGCCGAGGCACCUACUUUUACCACAAAAACUGCAUUAAAAAAUGUGCUGGAAAACUCGGCUUCUACCCAAGUGUAUGCGGUACAUUUGAGAUAAAGGAAUCGGGUGUGAUCAAGCAGGAUUGUUUUCUGUAAAAAUGGUACAGAAUACUGAGCCACAGUAGGGCCUCCAAAGUGCUUACUCACAAAGUUCUACGAAUCUAUACUCUGAAUUCUCCUCCCCCAAACUCCAUUUCUGAUUUUAUAAGUAGAAGAUGUUACAAUGAACUGAUUUUCUUGUGCUCCUAUAUUAAUGUUAUUUUAGCAUUAGCAAUACAUAUGUCACAGCAUGCGUUUGCAGAGUUCUUGGCCAGGAUGCGGGUUUGGGGUUUUUUUGUUUGUUUUUUAAAUGAUGUAAGAAGAUCAUUACGUGGAAGUCAUGUAAUUCAAGUCUGCCCAUAAGGACCUCAAGCAGCUCCCUGCAAGGCUGACAGUGAACCCAGCAGCCUCCAGGGGAGAAAGCUGAGCUAGUGCUGCCUUUGAGUGUGGAGAAGCCCAUUGCCAUCUAGUCGAGUUCCAACGCCUAGCCUCCCUGCAAGACAGUAACCCUGCCUAGUAACGUGCCCAAGACUGGCAAUCACCAGAAGCUCACUACCUGUGACCCUACCUCUUUCCCAGAGUAGCAGGUGGGUUCCAGCCACCACCUUUCUGCCACCGGUCUAAAUAGAAAAAGAAGAUUUACAGCUGUGGAAUGCUAUGGGGCUGUUCUGCUCCGACAGGAAGGGUCAGAGGAGUCAGAAUCAUUUCAGUGGCUCUAGCCUUCAUGGGAUUUGCCAGGUCUGCCUGCUCGGUUUGUUUUCAGACUUUGAGCUCGUUUGGUGUUUUGUGUGGCUUUUUCGUGCAUUGCUGCUUCACUGGCACAGACGACUCUUCUCCCUCUGAGGAUAGCUUAAGGGAUGUUCGUAAAUGCCAACGUGGUGUAUUGGUGAGUUAAAAAGAGAUGCCAAUAUUUUACUUGGGGGAUGGGCUAACAGAAUUGUGCAGUAGUUCUGAAGGGACAGCACAGGCUGGCCUGCUUGGCAGUGUCAAGAUUGUACUA